UCGCUCCACUCCACCGCAUAUAUUACACAGUUCAUAUCUUCUAUUAUCCAUACAUCUGGCAGAAGAAAUUCCACAAUUCGCUAAUUCCACUUUAAGAAAUUCCCCAUUGAAACAUUUUAUCAAGCAAACUAAUCAUCACAAAAUUAUUUUAUUAACUAAAAUGAGCUACGAAUCGUCCUACAAAAAUUAUUACAUUCGUCCCCCUGGAGUGGACGAGCUCGACAAAAUUAAAGACUUCCUAGCUCACCAUUUUUACUUCGACGAACCAAUCGGCCAACACCUCUGCAAAAUUGGAAAGCUCAAAAGUGUCCAAACGACGGAUUGGUCAACCACCGAAAAAUUAAAAAAGAACUUGGACAUUUGUCUGAUUGCGAUAGAAUUUAAUUCUCGUGAAAUUGCUGGUGCUCUCCUAAAUUAUCGAUGGACUAAGAAAGAAGCUGACGAAGAGAUGGCAGAAAUAAGGAAGGAAGAAGAAAGGAAAAAUAUGAGUGAAUACGUGGAUAAUGGAAUUCGGUAUAAAAGAUUGGCGUCAAAACCUGCCUUAAUUUAUUAUCGAAUUCAAAAUGCUUUGUUUAAACCGAUGGACGAAACGAAGUUCGCUAUGUUUGGGACGCAGUCUGUUGAAGAGGUCGUGUGGAAUUAUGCAUUGGCAACAUCCAGUCAACAUCGAAAUAUCGGGUUAGCGCAAGAAUUGAUGAUAAGGUCGGUCCAAUUAAUGAGGAAGAAAUACCUGGAUCUGGCAAUGGGUUACUUUACAAACCCUACAUCGCAGAGGAUUGCUGAUAAGGUGGGAUAUUGCGAAAUGGCACGGUCAUAUUUUAAAGACGCUGUAGAUGAGGAUGUUGAUGGUUCCAAAUUUUUUGCGGAGGAGAAUGGAAAGGAGAAAUAUGUUUCGUUAAUGAUUCUCAAGCUUUAGCACAGGUUUAGUAGGAUUCAAAACAUUAGCAAAAAUUACCAUUAUUUUCUGGUAUGUACUAUUAAUUUCAUAUUUGGAGUCAAGUUUUUGGAUUUUGUGGAAUUACAUAAUAAUUACGAAAUACACAAUAAAUAAGAUAAAAAAGUCUAA